GGGAUGCGGCUUUGCGACGGACCUGAAGGGUACGAGUGUAACUCACCCAUUGAGGGAGCUUAAAGCAGCUUUUGCUACCUAAUGUACGGUCUAAAUGGUGCGCAUGGCUGCCUUACUGCAUGGUAUCGGGAAUGGGGUCUGCCUGGUAUUCGGUCCGCACGGUUGAGCCCCGUUAUUCGGUGUCUGUUUACGCGGUAGCUGGGCUAAGGGCUGCCGGGGAACCGUCAUAGUGCGGAGCCGGAGCAGCUGAACUGCCCGCUCCUCUGGCACACGGUGCAAGAUGGUUCUCUUGGGAUGCAGUGAUUCUACCAUAAGCACUAUAGUCUGUUGUCUGUUUUCUCCGGGGCCUCGUAGCCCAGGUCCUGGUGUUGGCCGUCUAAAUUAAAGCCUGUAUUGGAUCAGCACAUUCAAUUUGACUGCCUGAGUGCACUGUCCCAGUCCCAGGAUAGACAAUGGACAGCCCCCCCAAGCUAUCGGGGGAGACACUUAUCGUGCACCACCUCCCCCUGGUGCACUGCCAGGUGCAGGGGGGCCAGUGCUGCAGUCCGGGUGGAAGCACCAACCCCUUUGGCUCCGCCGAGCAUCUGGGUCUGACCCGCACCACCUCACUGCCUGAGCGGGAUGUGCUCCACCGGGAAGCGCUGGUGUACAGCAGCCUCAUCCAGACGUCCAGCAGCAGCAGCUCCAGUUGUGCGGGAGGGUGCGGGGGAGGGGGUAAGGGGAGCGGCGGCGGCCGCGGCGGGAGCGUUGUCAGCGACUCCUCCUCCUUCACCUCCAAUGCUUCUGAGGAGUUGCCCCGGCCUCGCCCCCGCACCCGAGGUAAGCGCAAUCCGUUGCGACACAAUCCCUUUCUCCUUGAUGCCGAGGAUGAAGAAGAUGCAGAAGAAGAUGAAGGAGACGAUGGGGACGACCUGAGCGGCUACCUGGAGGAUUGCUCUUUCCAUCUGCAUAACAGUUCCAGCGACGGCCUGGACAAUGGCAUGGAGCCGCUGCCUUUCCGGCUGCAUGGGCCGGGCUACGCAGGGGCUCCUCUCUCGGCUGGCACCUGGCCCUCAGACAUGGGCCACCUGGCCCCAACGAAGGCCACCUCCCGCCUGGAGAGCCUUAACCUCUUUGGCCUGGACUGCCAACGCCGACACGGCAGCAGCGGCUCCACGCUGUCCAUGGACUGUGGCGAACAGGAGUGGGGUGAGGAGGAAGAGGAGGAAGAGUUUGUCAAGCGCACAGUGCCCCCCCAGCGCUGCUGCUGCUGCAGCGGUGGUGGCAGCAUCCCCGCGCUGAUCUCGGAGAACCAGCCCAGUUACGCCAGCGACUCGUCCUGCAACAGCUCGGACGGCGUACUAGUGAGCUUCAGCGCCAUGUACAACCGCAUGAACAACGCGGUUCCUGCCAAACCGCUGAACCUGAACGCCUCGGCGGAACACUCCUGCGGCAGCUCGACUUCCGAGCCCAGUGGGGCUUUCUAUCUGGAUCUGCACGCUUCGCCGGCCGAACCCCAAGGCAGCAUCCCCGCCCCCUGCGGCUGCCCUUCCCCCCCACCUGCCCUAGAUGCCAAUUGCAACUCGUAUCACCCGCCAUGUGAGGCCCCUACCUCUGAGGCCUGUGACCUGACCUCGUGCCUGCAGAGCCGGGCACGGUUGGUCUUGGCCACACAGAACUACUACAAGCUGGUGACCUGCGACCUAUCGUCUCAGUCCUCGCCUAGUCCCGCCGCUUCCUCCAUCACCAGCUGCUCCGAGGAUCCUGGCCGGGCCAGUCCUGUCCAGCCCACAGAGUACUACCUGUUCAGGCAGCCUGCAGAGGACGGGCAGGGAGUGGAGGAGCAACAAUCCCAGUGUGAGGAGGAACCGGAUGAGACCAAGCUGCCGGAAGAGGCCAUGAUAGAAGGCCAGGUGUAUGUCAACGUGUCCCCCCCCCUGGUGGGCCGUGUGGGCCGCCCCCGCUCCCGCAGCUAUGACCAGGACUUGGACCUGACGCGGGGGUCCGGUGCCCGCCUCGCCUCCCUGGAGCGCAUGCUGAGCUGCCCCGUCCGCCUCAGUGAGGGAGCCUUGCCAACCUCGCCCCCGGUACCCCCUCGCGUCACCUCCUUUGCCGAAAUAGCCCGCAGCAAGAGGAGGAGCGGAUCUGCAGCCAGCAGCAGCUCCCCCUUCCUGAAAUCCAGCACCGAGGCCUCCUCCGCUAACUCCCAGUCCUCCCAGGAGUUCUCCCCAAUCCCAGAGCUGCCCCAGCUGGGGAAGAGCCGGAGCCUGCCUCCACUGCCAUUCAGCUACUGCUGCAGCCAGAGCGGCCGCGAUGCGGCACUGCACACGCGCUGCCAGCUGAGCGACGAGGACCGGAGCUGCAGUGAGGCUCGCUCCAGGGCUGAAGGGGGCUCCUCCUCCACAGAUGUCAUACGCUACAGUAAAGACCAGCGCCCUACCACGCUGCCUAUCCAGCCCUUCACACUGCAGCAGCAGCUGGGGAAGCCGCAGGUCAAGCCACUGCGCCCCCUGCUGGGGGACUACGUCAGCCACGUGUAUGGGAGGAGGGCGCCUGAUGCGGCCCGCCCGUCCCCGCUGGGCAGCCACUCACCCGUGCGCCAGCAGGGGGCUCCCAGCUCCGGUUCCUGCUCCACCUGCAGCCCCGGCAGUCCACAGCGGCCCCCCCGCAGCAUCUCUUGUCCCUUGUCAGCUGGUCUGCUGCCGCUCUCUCGCUCUUCCCCUGGCCACACCCACAGUCCCCAUGACUCUGCCCCGCCAGAACCCCGAGUCAAAGUGUCUCUGCCCCCCACCCCACCUCCGCCCCCGUCGGACUUGUCUAUAGCGACGAAUCACUGCCUGCACCUUCCUUCACUGCCCACACUGCAGAGCCCCGCUCUGGGGUCCCAGGCUCACCCAGAGCCCGUCCAUCGGUGUGGAAGCAGGGAUGUCUCUUUGGCCAACUGUGCUGGACCCCGGCUGCCAAACGCCCACCAUCUGUCCCCACAGGCCCUGAAGUGGAGGGAGUACCGUCGUAAGAACCCCUUGGGGGGGGAGAGGGCUGGCCCCACCCUGUCCGGCAGCCUAGAUGCCCGGGGGGGCCGCGGCAGCCUCCCUCGCCGCAACGUGUUUGAUUUCCCAACGGCGUCUAGCCUCGCUCAAGCCCGAUCUAAUGGUCAGUCUACGAAACAGCACUAUUACGGCGACUUCUUCCCCGACUACUUCUCCCUGACAGAGAAGCCUCCGGAGGAGUUCUGUCUGUCGCCUGACGCCACCUCAGAGUCCAUCUCCAUCGACCUGCUGCAGAAAAAAGGUCUGGUGAAAGCCAUAAAUACAGCUGUAGAUCUGAUAGUGGCUCACUUUGGCACCAGCCGUGACCCUGGAGUGAAGGCCAAACUAGGGAACAGUUCAGUCAGCCCCAAUGUGGGUCACCUGAUUCUGAAGUACCUAUGUCCUGCCAUCCGUGGCAUCCUACAAGAUGGCCUGCGAGCCUAUGUACUGGACCUGAUCAUCGGACAGCGACGAAACGUCCCCUGGAGUGUGGUGGAAGCCUCCACUCAACCAGGACCCUCUACUCGUGUACUCCACAACCUGUUCUCCAAGGUCAGCCAGUACUCAGAGCUCACAAACCACAGCAUGAGGUUCAACGCUUUCGUCUUUGGCUUACUCAACUUGCGAUCUUUGGAAUUUUGGUUCAACCAUCUGUAUACCCAUGAAGAUAUUGUGUCGGCACACUACCACCCCUGGGGCUUCCUGCUUCUUUCUCAGGCUACCUGCCAUCCACUCUUUGAAGAGUUGCUACUGCUGCUCCAACCUCUAUCUCUACUGCCCUUUGAUCUGGACCUGCUUUUUGAGCCACGCCUGGUUCGGAAGGGCCAGGAGCACCAACGCAACAAGAAAGAGCUGUGCUCCACGGGCCAAGGUUUAGAUGGCUCCAUGCGCUCUACGUUCCAACUCAUGCGAGGCUUGGGGCUGGAAUCAAAGUCUGAAGUAUUGGACACCAGGCUCAAGGAGAGGGUAGGAUUAUGGAAUAAAGAGGCUUGGUCUAUGAUGGAAGGAGCAAGGUCAAGGAAAGAUGGCAUAGUGCAGAGGAAGGAAGCAGUUGGGCUGUCUCAAGAGGGCAUCGAGGGCAAUAGAAUAGAGCUUGAAGCCAAGGAUCGAAGAAGGACCGAAGGAGAACAGAAACUGCCGAAGAGAGGAGCAGAUCUUUGGGGAGAUAGCAGGGAAGGGGCACCUUGGAGUGCAUUGAGAGCUACUGGGGUCGGCAGAGAGGAAGUCAAGCGAGAGGGAGAGACAGAGAGAGAACCUCACUUCAUUGGUGGGGCAAAGUCACGUGACCGACAAGCAGGUUGGUGGUACCAGCUAAUGCAGAGCUCACAGGUAUACAUUGACAAUUCUACCGAGGGAUCGAAAUUUGUCAAGUGGGAAAAAAGAAAGAAACCCGCAGGGGAGUGUCAGGGUGCCAGGGGGGUGGAGGAUCUAGGGUUACGCCAGCAGAACCAGCCACCACCACUCAGAGAAGGUGUGGUGGAAGGUGCCGAGGCGAUUCAGGAGAAGGAUGCUCCAAAAGCCAACAAUGAUUCCCACUCCAAGGCCAGAGGCAAGCCCUUCUGGAUGGGAAGCCCCCCCGAGUCUGUGCUGAAUGAGUUGAAGAAGAGUGAAGACAAGGAGCCUGAAGGACAGCGAGGAGUAAUGGGGGCCCAAGAGGAGCUCCCACAAGGCAUGCGCUGGGGCCGGCUAUUUGGAGCCACAGUUGGUCCCCCCAAACGAACUCAGAACAACACAGAACGCCAUGUGGCCCGGUCUCAGAAGAACAGACUUCCAUCUGAGUGGCUGAGUCUAGACAAAUCAGUGUUGGACUUCAUGGCACAGACAGUUGGGGCAGGAAAGAAGCUCCAUCCUCCAGCUUCUCCUCAGAAGCAGGUGGCAGCUGCAUCACAGCAGCUAGAAACACAGGCUUUGUGGCAACCACCUCCACGGGUAAUGCAGAACCACCAUCACCAUACUGCCAUAGACCCCGGGCACUUGAGCUUCGGCCGGGGAAAUGUGCUGCGAGUGAUGGCUUGUGCACAGCCCGACUGGGAGGACCGCUCACCGGAGGAUCACACCCACGCCACACCCAUCGUUUACGCUUCGCUGUCCGGGAAGCCCAGCGGCACACGCUGAGGUCCUCCAGAUGGGUGUAGGAGGAAGCAAUGAAGAAGACAUCCUCCACCAAUGUUGAACAACAGCUAGACACCGUUACCUUCUACAAGCACUUGGCCCCGAAGCAGAUUCUACUGUUUGCACAAGGAUUUGGAGGAGUCUGCAGUAAGUUUAGGCAGUUCUGGGUCACCCAGAAUAACACGUGUUCAUUCACACACUCACACACACUUUUUCCUUCAUCCUGACUGCAACUGAAUGAAUGCCCUCAAAAGUAUUCUAUUUGGAAAGAGAGAUGUCUUUAUAUAUGUAUAUAUAUAUAUAAAGACCUGUCUGUGUCAGUAUUUAUGCUUUUUAAAUGGACUGGGUUUUUAAAAGCCUCUGGGGAAGUUUGUGAUGCAUUAUGGAAAUAGUAGUCUAUUGAUCAGAUUUUCAGGAUUUCCAAAAUCUUUAUUUUUUAAGCACAGAGACCAGGUUUAUCUGGAAGCCAGUUUGUAUGAAAGUUGGAUAAGGUACGGCUACAAAAUCUACCCACCGUCAAAUUGUUGUUAUUAAUGCAACAAACAUGGAUUAGAAUUAGUGGCUUUUGAAAAAUGGAAAUAUUUCUGUAAAGUAUUAUAUGCAAAAUCUAUUGAGUCAUGCUCAAUAUAUUUCAGUUACCCAACAAAUUUUAAGAACAAUAAAUGUCCAGAGUGAGUAGUCGUUCUUCCGGAUGUGUUUUUGCAUCAAUGAGCCAAAGUUUUUUGGUGCACUUUCAGUCAGCCUCAUUCACUUUAAAACAAGGUUCACUUUGAUGGAACAGAGGAUUUGCAUUUUCAUAAUUGUGUUGCAUUAGGGAAAAGGUAUGAACUGAAACAAGGAGUAAAAAUGGAAUCAUAGACCAGAUAUGCGUCUCCAGUCAAUCACGGCAUAACUAAGCCUUUGGUCAGUUACGGCCUCUGUGUUCAGUAAACAGAUCAGCCUGGCACUCCUUUUGAACACUCUGUGAAACGACAUACCUUUCCCCUGUAGUUGUGCUGCUGGAUGUUUUAGUGACACAGCCUGGUUUGAAAACCAUGCAUUCGUUUCUCUGUUUGUGUUCCAUAAAUCAGUUCAUUUAUCUGAAGGAGAUGCUUCUGUUGCCGAAGGUGUAUCACUUUCCACUAGAAGUAUGUUUGUAAAACAUGGGGUUUUGACGGCCUCUCAGCUAGAAUCGAAACUCCAGAUAGAUAAACAGCUGCUUACUCCCUCUCUGUCCUCUAUCUCUCGUUCCUCGGAAGGACAACACAGAACUUUCAGAAAGGGAUGAAUUUGUCUGCAUGUCUCCCAAAACAAAUGCUCUGCUUCAACUGUCCAAAACUUUUUUCCUGGGAUGUUCCUCUGCCUGACUUUCAGCACCACAAUAACUCGCCCCAUAGUCUGCAGUGCUGUGGGUAGACUGGGAAACAAAGAAGACGACGUGUAUCCAAUUUGUUGCAUUGCAUUUAUUUAUUGACUAACACAGUAACUGUUCAUCAUGAUGUAAUGUGUCUGUUUAGCUGUAGCCAAGUUCACAGCAUUGGUUAAAGAUGCUAAAUAGAACCAUAGGGGUCCUGGUUGGGAAUUUGAGAAAAUGCCAUUAAGGCAAUUUGUUGCACUUUUAGUGGGUCAGUUGCUAUGCUUUAGGCCUCCAUAGCUGUACAACUUCGUAUCUGCAUCAUGAGCAGAAUUAGGGAGAAAGUGGCUUAUUUUGUAUAAAAUCUUCUGCUUCAAUCAUUAUCUUCACUUGGCAGAUUGUGGUGAAAUGGGCCUUAAGGUUGGUAAGCUGAUAAAGCAGAGUAAAGGUAAAAUGAAAGCAUUCAAGUAUUUGUUUCUUCUGGAAGGAGAAAUCGUUUAUUUUGGCAAAUUUCGUCCAAUACAUUUUUUUCCUUUCAUUCCAAGUAGAAAAUCUUCCUUUACUCUGUUCAGAUCAGUUUAAAGCCUUAUCAGAUCAUCUCUGAGAAGCAGGGGAGAUAUUUACUAAUUUUGUUUAUUCUGUCGGUAUUUUAAUUUAUUUUAAUGCUACUACUGUUGGUUGUACAUUUUUUAAUUUUUUGUAAAAAUGUAUAUUUAAUUGACACUUAAGCAGAAGGAUAUGCAUAGUCUUUCUGCACUAAUAUUGUCUGUAGGUUUCUUAUGCUUGUUUACAUUCCUUUCUUUUUUUGCUCCCUGUAGUGGAGUGGUAAUGGAGAAUGUGGAUUAAAUGUCUAGUUUUGCUUCCAGUGGCUUCAUGCUGUUUGGCUCAUGAAGUUGCACUGGUUUGGUUGGAUGUUGGAGCCCCGGGACGGUUUUCCAUCUUCAUGUACAUCCACCAGCAGAAAUGACAGGCAGUUAUAGGGCCAGUUGCAUGGCUGCAACUGAGGCAGUGAGACAGAAUGAGAGGAGUAUGCAAUGGUGCCUUUUAAAGAGAGAGAUCGCCUCCUUGUGGCCAGAAAUGCACUGCCUAGACCUGCUUCAUACACCCUGUUGGCUCCUCAAAUUGCUUGAUGUUUAAGCUUAAGGAGAAAUCUGUACAUCUCAUUUGUCAUUCUUUUUUAAUCCUUAUUUAUAUGUUACUACAACAUGUUUUCUUCUGCUUGUAUUUAUUCUCAAGUGGCACCGAUGUUAUUCCAUUUGUCAAUGCUAUGUAUGUAUGACAUCAAUAUAAUAUGGAAAUUAAGAAUUGAGUGAACACAA